AAUUGGUCCAUUAUCUGCAGUUCCUUCUUCCUCCCGCCCGUUUCAUUUUUUCUUUUUAAAAUUUAAAAAGCAAAAUAUUUCAGCUAUAUUUCACUUUCCACAAACAGACUACACUGGACAACACUACAAAAAAAAGUCUGACUAUCACAACCAAAAGUAUUUAUUUCACUCUCAGAAAGAAAUAAAAACAACAAAAAAUAAAGACACUCCCACACACACACACACAGUCACACAGUGAAAUUGGCCUCAAAUCAAACCUGUCUUUUACUUAUCAAACCAUAAUCCGCCAUGUGUGUCUUUUCACCCUCUCACUUCACAGUUCACAAACCAAGCCUCCUCCAACUUUACUACACCUGUUAGUACUUAGUACCCUGUUUCCGGUGGAAUUAUGCCAGCAUCGCCGGCGUUGAUAUGCUGCAUUCACUGAUCGCCGCCUUCCUCCUCUUCUUCCUCCACUUCCAUUAUGUCUGAGCAUUCGGCUGCCGGAGCCGGAGGUGGUGCCGCCCUGUACGGCCAUGAUGACGAUUCCGACGAAGUUAUGCAAUCGUCGCACCCCGGCCCCGACGACGCCUGGAUCUCUUCCAACGCCGGACCUUACGACGCUUCCAUCAUAACCCAUCUGUUCGAAUCGGAAUCCCAACAGGGAGGAACCCAAAUCCGCCACCCAAACGACGCCCUCCGUCCCCACCUUAACGCCUCCCGCCAAGACUCCAUUAACUGGAUGCUCAAGGUCCAUGCACAUUAUCAUUUCAAUCCUGUAACGGCUCUGCUUUCCGUUAACUACUUUGACCGAUUUCUGUCUUCUUACUCUCUUCCGGCCAUCUCCCAUCCAACCACUCCUGAUUCAUUAGGAAGUGGUUGGGCAUACCAACUAUUAUCAGUGGCAUGUUUAUCGCUGGCUACGAAAAUGGAAGAACCAACUGUACCAUUACUUUUAGACCUUCAGAUCAUGGAGCCCACAUACGUAUUUGAUCCCAGGACUGUUCAAAGGAUGGAGCUUCUGGUUAUGGCGGGUCUUGAUUGGAAGCUCUGUUCUGUCACCCCUUUUGAUUUCCUGGAUUAUUUCGUCUCCAAGUUGCCAUAUUUUCAUCAGUCCAUUCACAUUGCUUCUGCCUUUUCCAGCCUUGUGAUGAAUACCAUCAGAGUGGUGGACUUCUUGAGAUUCCCGCCGUCGGUUAUCGCCGCCGCUGCCGUGAUAUUAGCCACCGGGAACAAUGUGGAAUUACCCGACACAUUUUACGAGAGAGUCAAUAAAGAAAUGGUGAGAAGCUGUCAUCAACUAAUGGAGGCGUACAUGAUUGACACGUGCCCUUCUGCUGACCUUAAAGCCAGGUCAUGUGUGGAGAUGGAGACUGAGCUGCUGCUAUCUACGCCGCCCAGUCCAGUCGGCGUCCUUGACUCCGCCGCUUGUGUCAGCUGUGAUACCCGCUCUGAGAAUCCCAGUUCUGCACCGGAGAACGGAAGCGGCAGCGGUGCCGGGGAACUGCAUGAGCCGGAAUAUAAGCGGUUGCGACGGUAGACCGGCUCUGUCCUGAUAUAUAUAUAUAUAUAAAUUGGUGAAUUUAUUAUAGUACCUUUUUGCAAAUUAGUAGUAUUAAACUGGAAAUAUUUCCUUAUGAUUAUUAUCAUUUAUUUUUUUGCAAAUGGAUUGUACAUAUUGGCAAGAGGAAAUUUGUGGUAACUUUCGGUAUUUUUUAAAAUGUUGUGGUCAUUUCGUGAUUAUCAUGUUUUUUUAUUAACUAAUUAUUAUAUAAUUU